CAACGGCGCAAUAACGUCCGACCACCGGCCGUCUUCACUCUCUCGCUCAGUCCCUGCGUUCGUUCUCGCUUCUUCGACCUGCGGUGCAAAUUGACCGCAUGAGGCCUCUUGUCUCGUCGCCCACCUCGUCAAAAUCGAAAAUUUAGCUCCAUCCGGAGCAAUGGGCGUGGGAGGUCACUUCUGGGACUUGCUCAAACCUUACGCCCGACACGAACGUUGCGAUUAUCUGAGGAGCAAACGCGUCGCGGUGGACCUGUCGUUCUGGAUCGUCCAACACGAGACUGCGAUCAAGAAGAAGUCUUUUGCUCGUAACCCGCAUCUGAGGCUCACCUUCUUCCGCACGAUCAAUCUCUUUUCCAAGGUGUGUGUUGUUGCAGCAUUUGUGGCAACUCUGUUCUUGAGGGUAGAAUUUGGAGCUUUUCCUGUCUUUGUGGUCGAUGGCACUCCUUCUCCACUAAAAUCUCAGGCGAGGAUCGGGAGGUUUUUCCAAGCUUUUGGGCUUGAUUUGUCAAGUUUGCCGGCGCCUGAGGAUGGUGUUUUGGUAGAGAGAAACCAGGCAUUUAGGAAAUGUGUAAAAGAGUGUGUGGAACUUCUGGAACUGCUUGGUAUGCCUGUGCUAGAAGCAAGAGGUGAGGCUGAGGCACUGUGCGCGCAGUUAAACUAUGAGGGCCAUGUAGAUGCUUGUAUCACGGCUGAUAGCGAUGCAUUUCUAUUUGGGUCAAGUUGUGUGAUUAAAUGCAUCCAUCCUAAUUCCAGAGAACCCUUUGAAUGCUAUCAUAUCUCAGAUAUUGAAGAUGGUCUGGGGUUGAGGAGGAAUCAUUUUAUAGCCAUCGCUCUACUUGUUGGCAACGAUCAUGAUUUACGGGGGGUACAGGGAAUUGGAGUAGACAAAGCUCUUCGCUUUGUCAAAACUUUUAGUGAAGAAGAGAUACUAAACAGUUUAAAGGAAAUUGGAAAUGGUGAAAAGAUGCUGUGUGAAGGGAAGGCUGGGUCUGCUGAUGAUCCUCUACAUGGAUCAGAUAGCAUCACACCAAAGCAAAGACAAUCUCACUGCUCUUUCUGUGGGCAUCCAGGGAGCAAAAGAGAUCACUUCAAGUUCUCUUGUGCUAAUUGUAUUACCGGUGAUGAUGCAGGUUGCCUGAAAAAGCCUGAUAGAUUUAAAUGUGACUGCUCCUCAUGUAAUAUGGACAGGAAAAGGAAGGAACAGAAGAAGCACGAAAGUUGGCGAAUAAAAGUUUGUGAAAGGAUCACGUUGGAGCCAAAUUUCCCAAACAACGAGAUAAUCACAAUGUAUUUGUCCACGAAUCAUGGAUACUUCGAUGGGAGCGGUGGACCACGUAUAUCAUGGAAUAGGCCACAAUCUGAAAUGCUGGUUGAUUUCUUAGCUUUCCAUCAACGCUGGGAACCAUCCUACAUACGCCAGAAAUUGGUUCCAAUGAUGUCCACUAUAUAUCUAAGAAACAUGGCCACAAAUACAGCAGAUGAGUUGCUCUGCGAUCAGUAUGAGUUUGACUCCAUCCACCGCAUGAAGACGCGAUAUGGAUAUCAACUUUUUGUGGUCAAGUGGAAGAAAGCUGGUCAUGCAUCUGGAGGCGCUGUGCAUGAAAUCUCUGAUGAUCCGGCUGGUUCUCGGCCACAUGGGGUCAUUGAUAUUGAUGAUCGGGAUGAUAUCUUGGAGGAGUCUGAGGUCCCCCAAAUUCAGGUUGUUGAUGGAACUUGGUUUUUGUUGACGGAUGAGGACAUAGAACUUGUUAGAGCUGCUUUUCCAGAAGAAGUUGAUAGAUUUUUGAAAGAAAAGGAGCUAAAAGAAUCAAAAAGAGGAAAGAGUGCAAGCAUGACCCCUGAAGGGACAGAAUCGGAAUUAACAAAGUCCAAAGGCGUCCAGCUAAGUAUUACCGAGUUCUAUCGGUCCGCCAAGGUUCUGUACCAGGCAAAAGCAGCUGAUGACAUAGUCAACGACUCCAAGAGCUUUGGGGAUGGCUCAUCAAAGAAAAAGAGUAGAGGCUCGAGCUCUAGCUUUUCCAAAUCUGCAAGACGUCGCCUUCUGUUUGAUUCAUGAGUUUGUACAGUCUUUCCAGCAUUUUUGACUCGCAAGAAUGCGGAUCCUAGUUCGACUGCAUUUUGUAAAUAAGUAGAGGCUUUUCUUUUUCCCUGGUUGGAGUAAACAAGUUGAGGUUUACUCGUUGCUUCUUCAAGUUCUGUAGAUGAAUGUCUGUCUAUGUCAUCUUCCCCUCUUUCUCGCUUUCA